ACAGAAACAGAAACAAAAACAGAAACAAAAACAAACCCAGUUCUUCUUUUUCUUUUUUCAGCCAUGUUGUUGAAGAAGCUCAAAGUGUUGGUUUUGAUUUUGACUGUUGGUUUGAGCUCUGUAGGUGCAAGGUUUGUGGUUGAGAAGAGCAGUUUGAGUGUGUUGUCGCCUUUGAGCCUGCGUGGAAAGCGCGACGGUUCAAUUGGGAACUUUGGGAUUCCUGACUAUGGAGGUUUUCUGGUGGGUUCUGUUGUGUAUCCUGAUAAAGGAACUUUUGGUUGUGCAGCUUUUGAGGGUGAUAAGCCUUUCAAAUCUAAGUUUCCCAGACCGACUAUUCUGCUUCUUGAUAGAGGAGAGUGCUACUUUGCCUUGAAGGUAUGGAAUGGUCAACAGGCUGGAGCAGCGGCGGUUUUAGUUGCAGAUAACAUAGAUGAACCUCUGAUCACCAUGGAUUCUCCUGAGGAGAGCACUGAUGCAGAUGGGUAUGUAGAGAAAAUUGGAAUCCCCUCGGCGCUGAUAGAGCGCUCCUUUGGCGAGAGCUUGAAGCAGGCCUUGAAAAAAGGAGAAGAAGAUGUUGUGAUAAAAUUGGACUGGAGAGAGUCAGUGCCCCAUCCUGACCAGAGAGUUGAGUAUGAAUUAUGGACAAACAGCAAUGACGAGUGUGGAACUCGCUGCGAUGAGCAGAUGAACUUUGUGAAAAGUUUCAAGGGCCAUGCUCAAAUCCUGGAGAAGGGAGGCUACACUUUGUUUACACCACACUACAUAACAUGGUAUUGCCCUCAGGCUUUUAUUCUCAGCAGUCAAUGCAAGUCUCAGUGCAUAAACCGCGGAAGAUAUUGCGCUCCUGAUCCGGAACAGGAUUUUGGAGAAGGGUAUCAAGGGAAGGAUGUGGUUUUCGAGAACUUGAGGCAGCUUUGCGUGCACAGAGUGGCCAAUGAAAGCAACCGGUCCUGGGUUUGGUGGGAUUAUGUGACUGAUUUUCAUAUCAGAUGCUCCAUGAAGGAGAAAAAGUACAGCAAAGAAUGCGCUGAGGAUGUCAUGAAAUCACUUGGUCUGCCCAUUGAGAAGAUCAAGAAAUGUAUGGGGGAUCCUGAAGCUGAUGUGGAAAAUGAAGUGUUGAAAACUGAGCAACAACGCCAGAUUGGUCGAGGAUCUCGUGGCGAUGUUACCAUCUUGCCAACACUAGUCAUCAAUAAUGUUCAAUAUCGAGGAAAAUUGGAGAGAACUGCCGUGCUCAAGGCCAUAUGUGCUGGAUUCAAGGAGACAACUGAUCCUGCAAUUUGUCUAAGUUCAGAUCUUGAGACUAAUGAGUGCCUUGAAAGGAAUGGCGGCUGUUGGCAGGACAGCAAAGCUAACAUCACUGCUUGCAAGGACACAUUUAGGGGAAGAGUGUGCGAGUGCCCUACUGUGAAGGGUGUCCAGUACAGAGGAGAUGGAUAUUUAUCCUGUUUAGCCUAUGGACCUGGAAGGUGUGAAUUAAACAAUGGAGGUUGCUGGUCGGAUUCCAAAAAUGGAUUAACCUUCUCAGCCUGCUCAGAGUCUCAGUUAAUGGGAUGUCUGUGUCCAAAAGGCUUCCGUGGCAAUGGUCUUACAUGUGAAGACAUCAAUGAAUGCAAGGAGCGUUCCGCCUGUCAGUGUGAUGGCUGCUCCUGUAAGAAUACCUGGGGAGGAUAUGAGUGCAAGUGUAAAGGGGACCUUCUUUACAUAAAGGAACAAGAUACUUGUAUUGAAAGAAGUGGAUCGAAAUUUGGAUGGUUCCUCACUUUCGUGGUCCUAGCAGUUGUGGUCGGCGCUGGUUUAGCUGGUUAUAUAUUCUACAAAUACAGACUCCGGUCUUACAUGGACUCAGAGAUCAUGGCUAUAAUGUCACAGUAUAUGCCACUUGACAGCCAACACAAUAAUGAAGCAUCAAGCGAAGCACAACCUUUGCGACAAACAUCAGUGUAAGGUAACCAAUUCAAGCCUCUAAGAUCAAUACUCUAACCCAUUUUUAUGCUAAACGGUUGUUGCAAGUGACUAAAUGUCUCAUCUUGCCAUCUGCAGAA